CUCCGUACAGAGCCGAUUAUUCCCAUCCUUACGAACAGGCUCAAGAUGAUUGAUGAAAUCCGAUCGAAAGGAAUUGCCGGUGACACGGCAGACGCAAUAUUGAGCAGCGCUCAAGUCGGUCAUUCGGCUGAAGGUCAAGAUGAUGCUGUCGAUACAGAAUUUCUUAUUGUUGGCGCAGGGCCGGCCGGCGCUGGCCUAGCUUGUUUCCUGGCCUCUCAUGAAAGGUACGAAGGACUCAAGGGCGUCAUGAUCAGCAGCGCUCCAGGGACAGCGAACACUCCUCGCGCACACAUUACCAAUAUGGCAGCACUAGAAUGUUUGCGGGAUAUUGGUCUCUACGAGGAGCUUGAAAAGUUAGGAUCUACGGGCGCAGAACAUAUGCAACACACCAGAUGGUGUCACAGUAUGGCGGGCGAGGAGUAUGCACGAAUUCAUUCAUGGGGAAAUGAUCCGAGGAGGAAGGGAGACUAUGAACUGGCCAGUCCAUGUGAGCCAUUUGAUCUACCACAGACGGUCCUAGAACCAGUUUUGGUUCGCCACGCAGUUUUGAACGGCUUCAAGUGUCGCUUCGACACGACACUUGUUUCAUUCGUGGAGGACGCGAAGACCGGUCUGAUCACAGCGAACAUUCGCGACAACAUCUCAAACCACCAAUACCAGAUCCGCACGCGGUAUCUAUUUGGGGCCGAUGGUGCGCGAAGUCAGAUUGUGAAGCAACUAAAUUUACCUCUCGUGGCUCAGCCUGGCCAAGGAAUUGCGAUCAAUGUGUUAGUCAAGGCCGAUCUUGCCCAUUUGGUCAAAAACCGCACAGGAAACCUCCAUUGGGUGAUGCAGCCCGAUCGCGAGCACCCCGACUUUGGCUGGAUGGGAAUUGUGCGGAUGGUGAAGCCUUGGAAUGAGUGGAUGUUUAUCCUUUUCCCUUCUCGCGACUAUGACCGUUCCAAAGCCAAGCCAUCUACGGAGGAGUACCAGAAGAGGAUCCAAGAGUUUAUCGGCGAUGAUACACCCGCUGAAAUUCUGGAUAUUUCUACGUGGUACAUCAAUGAGAUUGUGGCGGACAGGUAUUCAGAGGGUAAUGUCUUCUGCCUCGGCGACUCCGUCCACCGUCACCCACCAUUCAACGGCCUGGGCUCAAACACCUGCAUCCAAGAUGCUUUCAACUUAGCUUGGAAAAUCGCAUAUGUCCACAAGGGCCUUGCAUCGCCAUCGCUUCUUUCCACUUAUUCCGCCGAGCGACAGCCUGUAGGCCAUUCGAUCAUCACACGAGCAAACCAGGCCUACCGUGACCACUUGAACGUAUGGGAUGCGCUAGGCAUGCUGCCUACAGAUCUUUCAGCAAGAAGGGAAAUUCUACAGCAAUUACAAAGCCCAACUCCCGAGGGAUCCAACCGCCGCCGUGCCCUGCGGUCCGCAGUUAAGCAUACCGCUCAUGAAUUCCACGGCCUGGGAAUUGAGAUGAACCAACAUUAUGAUAGUCAGGGAAUCUAUACAGCAGACGAACCACAUGCAUAUGUGCAGUUCGGACGUACGGCAGAGGAUAACAUUAUGUAUCAUGAACCAAGCACGUACCCAGGCUCUCGCCUGCCACAUGUCUGGCUGAACAGCGCAACCCCUGAGGAGCCGAUCUCGACAAUCGACCUUGCUGGCCAUGGCUCUUUUACCAUUUUCACUGGUAUCGGAGGUGAUGCGUGGAGGAAGGCGGCUGCUUCUAUCUCGGAAAAGCUCAAAAUUACGGUUCAGACCCACUCCAUUGGAUUCAGACAGGAUUGGGAGGAUGUUUACUUCGAAUGGGAAAGCGUCCGAGGGGUAGAAGAUUCAGGUGCCGUGUUGGUGCGUCCUGAUCGAUUCGUUGCAUGGAGAGCACCAGAGGCUCUACAAGAUACUGAAGCCUGCGAGUCAAAGCUUCUGUUGGUUCUGAGAAGCAUUCUCGGACACGAUGUUCUAUAG